AUGUCUCAAAAAAAAUUACAGUUUAUUCUAUGUAUUGUAUUAUUGAUCAGUGUACCUAAAUGCUGUGCUCCACCAAUUCAGCAAGACAACGAUUUUCUCACCAGUAAAUUACCUAUAACAUCGAUAUUGCGGACCGUCCUACUCGGCUAUUUGACUCACAUCGUAACGAUUCGACCUAGAACAGGAAUUACUGAUAUUCCUACCUUUUAUCGACGUAUUCUGGCUUUAAUAUGGCCUUGCGGUGGAAUAGGGCUAGCAACAGGAUCUAUAUAUAAGUCAUUGUUUGGAGAUAGAAUACUCGGAAUCCGCGAAUACAAGCCCUUUUUUAAAAGCUACGAAAAAGGAAAAAUAGACAAGGAAGAUAAUAAAAAAGAAAAUAGCGACGUCGAGACAAGGGACAAAGGAAAUGAUGACGAAAAUACAAACGAGGCUGAUAGAAUUUCUCAAACUCAGGUGGAUUCAGCUUCAGUGGGCUUGUUAACUGUGCCCAGCAUAUCUACAUCAGAGUGCGAGAAAGAUAAUAAAGAAGCCAUCAAGACUUCUGAAUUAAACGAGCUUCAUUCGGAGGCCUCCAAGCUAAGAGAUCAAUUAGUCGGCUAUAUUAAGAAAGAAUCCUUUCUACAUUUACUUGGUCCUAAAGAUGCAAAGAAAACAAAGCACUGUAUUCUGAACGGCUCUUUAGUUAUCGGUUUUAAUGAUAGUAAUAAGCAGAAAGCUGAUCGUUCAACUUGUAAGACCGAGACAAUCACUGUCACUGGACCAGGUGCAGCUUGUAAAUACCAAAGAACAGUUGAUUUCAAAGAUGUCUGUUACAUGACAGUCGACAUGAUAAAUCAACUUGAAACCGCAUACAAUAUGGAUGACACCUCAUAUCUUGAAAUAUUUAUUACAAUCGGACAACUGCUCUUUACCACAUUCGAAUGCAUGGAUCUAGACGGAGACAGAUGGGCCAAGCUUAUUAUUAUUAUGUACACUAUAAUGUCAGUUCUUCAGACCCUUUCUCUCCUUAUGUUGCAUAAACAAAUAUCAACCUUUAGUAUCAAGGAAGACGAAGAUGAAGAAACACUGCUUAAUGACGACGACUCUAUUUCGACUGAAGACGAAGAUAAGAAAACACUGGUUAAUGGCAAAGACUCUAUUUCGACUGAAGACGGUAGAAAACACUUGGCUAUAUAUAGUGACCUAGUCAAUGAAAGAAAUUUCUCCAUUACUUUUAUUCUUACAGUAUUAGUAAUAUUCUUUCUGAUUGGUAUAUGGGCUGAUUAUAAUAGUCACAGUACUUUUCAAAUAUCGAUCAACUUGACCACCAAUUUGGAUUUUGGUAAUUCUUUAUUCACUUUUCUCACUUUUCCUAACUGUGCUUUGGGUGGUUACUGUUUUCUAUUUCAAGUAAAUCUAUUUAUCCCAGUAAAGAGGCUUCAAGUAAGCCACGAUUAUUCUUGGGCGUUUUAA